ACUUUCUUCUGUUUUUCCUCUGAGGGACCAACGAUCCAUCGAUGGCGACUCCAGUACUGCUGCUCCUCCGAGUUCUGGAGGAUCUGGGAGAAAAAGAGCUAAAAUCAUUCAAGUGGUUCCUGCAGCAACCCGGCAUCCUGAAUGAGCUCCCGGCCAUCCCAAAGAGCCGACUGGAGACGGCAGACAGGCAGGACACGCUGGACGAGAUGGUCAAGACCUACAGCGAGUACACUGUGGAAGUCACCAAGAGGGUUUUGACUCAGAUAAACAAGAAUGACCUCGUUCAGCAGCUCGCACACUGCCCAAGUCCCGAAGCCAUUCUUGCUGACUGCCAGAGAAAUCUCAAAUUCAACCUGAAGAAGAAGUUUGAGGAUUUGUUUGAAGGAAUCAAGAGAGCAGGAAAGGCGAUACCUCUGAACCAGAUCUACACAGAGCUGUACAUCACUGAUGGAGAGAGUGGAGAGAUCAAUACUGAACAUGAGGUCAGACAGAUUGAAGCAGCAUCCAGGAAACCAGACACACCAGAAACACCAAUCAGAUGUGAGGACAUCUUUAAACCUUUACCUGGAAGAGAUCAGCCAAGAGCAGUGAUGACAAAGGGAGUGGCUGGCAUUGGGAAAACAGUCUUAACACAGAAGUUCACACUGGACUGGGCUGAACACAAAGCCAACCAGAAUGUCCACUUCACAUUUCCAUUCACUUUCAGAGAGCUGAAUCUGCUGAGAGGGAAAAAGUUGAGCUUGGUGGAACUUGUUCAUCACUUCUUCACUGAGACCAAAGAAGCAGGAAUCAGCAGGUUUGAGCAGUUCCAGGUUGUGUUGAUCUUUGACGGUCUGGAUGAGUGUCGACUUCCUCUGGACUUCAACAACAACCAGAUCCUGACUGAUGUUACAGAGUCCACCUCAGUGGACGUUCUGCUGACAAACCUCAUCAAGGGGAAGCUGCUUCCCUCUGCUUGCCUCUGGAUAACCACACGACCCGCAGCGGCCAAUCAGAUCCCUCCUGAGUUCAUUGACAUGUUUACAGAGGUGAGAGGCUUCACUGACCCACAGAAGGAGGAAUACUUCAGGAAGAGAUUCAGAGAUGAGAAGCAGGCCAGCAGAAUCAUCUCCCACAUCGAGACGUCACAAAGCCUCCACAUCAUGUGCCACAUCCCAGUCUUCUGCUGGAUCACUGCUACAGUUCUGGAGGACGUGUUGAAAACCAGUGAGGGAGGAGACCUGCCCAAGACCCUGACUGAGAUGUACAUCCACUUCCUGGUGGUUCAGUCCAAAGUGCAGAAUGUCAAGUUUCAUGGAAGAGCUGAGACAGAUCUACACUGGACUCCAGAGACCAGGAAGAUGAUCCUGUCUCUGGGAAAACUGGCUUUUGAGGAGCUGGAGAAAGGCAACCUGAUCUUCUAUGAAGCAGAUCUGGCAGAGUGUGGCAUUGAUAUCAGAGCAGCCUCAGUGUACUCAGGAGUGUUCACACAGAUCUUUAAAGAGGAGCGUGGGCUAUACCAGGACAAGGCUUUCUGCUUCAUCCAUCUCAGCUUUCAAGAGUUUCUGGCUGCUGUUCAUGUCUUUGUGACAUUCAUCAAAUCUGGAGUCAAUCUGCUGUCAGAAGAACAAUCAGCCUCCUGGUGGUCUGCACGAUUCAACAAGAAAUCUGAACUGAAAUACCUCCUCCAGAGAGCUGUGGACAAGGCCUUACAGAGUCCAAAUGGACACCUGGACUUGUUCCUGCGCUUCCUCCUGGGUCUUUCACUACAGACCAAUCAGACUCUCCUACGAGGCCUGAUGAAACAGACAGCAAGUAGCUCACAGACCAAUCAGGAAACAGUCCAGUACAUCAAGAAGAAGAUCAGGAAGAAUGAGUCUCCAGAGAGAAGCAUCAACCUGUUCUUCUGUCUGAAUGAGCUGAAUGACCAUUCUCUAGUGGAGGAAAUCCAACAGUACCUUAGUUCAGGACGUCUCUCCACAGACAAACUGUCCCCUGCUCAUUGGUCAGCUCUGGUUUUCAUCUUACUGUCAUCAGAAGAAGAUCUGGAGGUGUUUGACCUAAAGAAAUACUCUGCUUCAGAGGAGGCUCUUUUGAGGCUGCUGCCAGUCGUCAAAUUCUCCAGGAAAUCUGUGCUGAGUGGCUGUAAUCUGUCAGAGAGAAGCUGUGCAGCUCUAGCCUCAGUUCUCAGCUCCCAGUCCUCUAGUCUGAGAGAGCUGGACCUGAGUAACAACGAUCUGCAGGAUUCAGGAGUGAAGCGUCUCUCUGCUGGACUGGAGAGUCCACACUGCAGACUGGAGGCUCUCAGGCUUUCAGGCUGUCUGCUCACACAGGAAGGCUGUGCUUCUCUGGCCUCAGCUCUGAGCUCCAACCCCUCCCAUCUGAGAGAGCUGGACCUGAGCUACAAUCAUCCAGGAGACUCAGGAGUGAAGCUGCUCUCUGCUGGACUG